CACUGCCGGUGCUAUAUAAAGGGAAGUUACACGCAGUGUGUAACUUCUGCGUAGGAUCGCGGCGAAGAAAGAACGCGGUCUGCGGAAGUUUUGGAGCUCAUAUAAAUUCGCCGGUCGGCGAUUAUUACUCGGAAUGAAUACAGUAAAGGCUCUGAAAAAUGCUAUUGUCUGUCUUAUCCUGCUACCUCGAUUCCUCUUCGCGGCGAUAAUGCUGUGGUUUCUUGAUUUUCAAUGUGUAAGGAAGAGGGUGUUCUUCAAAAUGAAACAACAAGAAGGAAAUAUUGUUGACCCCCCCCUAUGUGUUUCUGAUUCUAAUAGAAUGUUCAGCUGGGAGUCACUCAAAGCGGUCUGGCAUGGCCACAAACUGGACUUCUUAAAAUCAGCGCAUCUUGGAUAUAUAGCGCCUAACACCGAAGUUGUGCAGCUCCGCGAUCAGAGACGCAGUCGCAUCCUUGAUUAUGCCAAAGACAAGAGACCUCUAAUUCUAAACUUUGGAAGCUGCACAUGACCACCGUUUAUGACACGCUUGAAGGCGUUCCAGCGUGUGGUGCGGCAGUACGCUGAUGUCGCAGACUCUGUGGUUGUGUAUAUAGAGGAGGCGCAUCCGUCGGACGGAUGGAUGAGCUCCGACGCUCCCUACCAAAUUCCCAAACACCGCUGUCUUGAGGACAGACUCGGUGCCGCUCAAAUAAUGAACCGUGAAGUCCCUGGGUGCCUCGUUGUCGCAGACAGCAUGGAGAACUCGUCUAACGCAGCAUAUGGAGCAUAUUUCGAUAGACUUUACAUACUUCAGGAUGGAAAGAUUGUUUACCAAGGAGGCAGAGGGCCGGAGGGAUACCGUAUCUCUGAGCUCAGGGAUUGGCUUGAUCAAUAUAGAAUAAGUGUUGGAAAUUCAAGAAAUGUCGUUAUUCAUGUGUAGUUAGGUAUUUAUCCAGUUAUUGCCAUUAGAUAAGUAUGCGUAUGUCUCUCAAAGCGGACAUGCCAUCCUAUUUCAUACACUGCCACUUUCAAGAGUUGCGGCUCCAAUAGCUCACAAACUAAUCUGAUGAUAAAAGAUGUGAUAUGAUUGGUCAAACGACCAAUUAGUGGAGAAAAAAGUAUCAGAAUUUAGCUGCCUGUGUUAACGCAUCUUUGGGAUGCAAGCAUUUACACCUGUGUUGUCUUAGUUUCAAUUACUAUUUUUACCCUGACGGUUUUAGUUGUCAAGGUUUGUAUAUACGAGUUAUUCUGUGUUCCCAUAUUUGUUUUGUUGUUUUAAACCCGAUGGUGCGAAUGUUUGUGUGAAGUGGGGAGUAUGCCUGCGUGAAGAUAGUGCGUUUUGCCAUGACCAAUUUUUUGCCAGUAUUGUUGUGAAGUUCGGUUUUUAAAUGGUACCAAGCCAGAGAACCGGUACUGAUGUUUUAAUGCUGAAGAUUAUGGUAAUGUGCAAUAUCUUUUCACCUAGCCUACAUUUUUGUUUUGUAUAUAUUAACGUUUUAUGGAGAUACUUUUAUAAUAAAACAUCUUAUUCUA